CCUUAGAAAAGCUUGAAUGGGCCAAGUAGGUUAGUAAUACAAACGAGUAGCUGUUGAGCAAUGUUUAACUUUGAGCGACAUAAGCUGGGCGUGACUUUCUGAAAAUCUCCUCAUUUCUCCCGUUGGACUGCGGUGUUUAAUUUGUGAUGAUAAGCACUUUUUCACUUUUAAACAGUCGCAAACCUGGACGUGUCGCGUGCUUCAUAAAGCCAAUUUUCCUCCUCGCCAGUCUUAGGUUUCAGAGGCUCUUUGAUAAUGUUGGAGUGUUUAUUGACGAUCCUUCUGGGUUUCAUCUCAGUGCUUCUGUUCUGGGCUUUUUGCGGACGCAGGAGGAAGGACGACGAACCUCCGCUGAUUAAAGGUUGGAUUCCAUUCCUGGGGAAAGCUUUGGAAUUCAGAAAAAACUCUCAGCAGUUUCUUACACAACUGCAACAGGAGCAUGGAGAUGUUUUUACUGUACUUAUAGCAGGAAGGUACAUAACAUUCAUAAUGAACCCUCUCCUGUACCCGUCUGUCAUCAAACAUGGAAAACAGCUGGAUUUCCACACGUUUUCAGACAGCGCCGCGUCCAGGACAUUCGGUUACCCACCGGUUCAGAGCGGCCUCUUCCCUGGACUGAGUGAUAGCAUCCAGCGGAGUUACACUCUGCUGCAGGGGCCCGCCCUCGACCCGCUCACGUUCAGCAUGAUGGGAAACUUACAGCAUGUCCUGCGGCGCUACUUUCUGCCCGGUGGAGAGUCUAGGUCUGAUGGCGAUUGGCAAGAGACGGAACUAUAUGAGUUCUGUAAAUGCGUAAUGUUUCAGACUACAUUUAACACUCUAUACGGACAUUCGUCAAAUCUUCGUCUGGAUCAGCUACGAGAGGACUUUGAGAAGUUUGAUUCCAUUUUUCCCUUGCUUAUGGCCCGUUUUCCCAUCGCCUUGUUGGGGAAAACCAAAGAAAUUCGUGAGAAGCUGACAAGAUUUUUCUAUCCUCAAAGAAUGGCAGAAUGGAGGGCCCCAUGCGAGUUCAUACAGACACGAACGGCCAUGUUCCAGGAGUUUGACACGCUUCAGGACAGAGAUAAAGCAGCACAUCAUUUUGCCAUGCUGUGGGCAUCAGUGGGAAACACUAUCCCAGCAGCCUUCUGGUGUCUUUACCACCUCAUAUCCUGCCCAGAAGCCCUUGAAGCAGUGAGAGCAGAAAUUGUUGAAGUAGUUGGAGAGAAGAACAUGCAGUUGGUCUUUGAAGAAGACAUUACAAUUACACGACAACAGCUAGAACAGAUGAUUCACCUGGAGAGUUCAAUAAAUGAGAGUUUACGUCUCUCCUCUGUAUCGAUGAACAUCCGUGUGGUUCAGGAAGAUUUCCGUUUGCGUCUGGAUGCCCAGCAGUCAAUCAACCUGCGAAAAGAUGACAUUGUUGCUCUUUACCCGCAAACCACACACCUUGACCCCGAAAUAUAUGAUCAGCCUGAGCGCUUCCAGUUUGACCGUUUCGUGGAAGAUGGGAAGGAAAAAACAGAUUUUUAUAAAUGUGGCCAGAAGGUCCGGUACUACCGUAUGCCUUUCGGCUCUGGAGCCACGCAGUGUCCAGGGCGCUUUUUUGCAUUGAAUGAGCUGAAGCAGUUUGUGUGUGUGGCUUUGCUCAUGUGUGAAAUGCAGUUGCUGGAGAACCAGCAGGAGGCGAUGCUAGACAACAGCCGCGCUGGUCUGGGCAUCAUGCCACCUGCUAAUCAAGUCACUUUCAGAUACAGAACCAGAAAACCAGGAGACGAUAUGAAGAGGGAGGAAUGAACUAAAUGAAUGGAGAGACUGUUGUUUGUUCAUUGUUUGGGUAUUUUCUUUACGUUUAUUCACAGGGUUGGUGCAAAGAUUUUGUAAAUAAUGCAAGUUGAAGUAUUCGUAAAUAGCACUGCCAUGGGAAAAUCUCAUCUUUGAAUGAGCUAAACGUACAGAUAUACACUGCGGUUUGAAUCAGGGUUGACUGUGAACAGCUUUCUAUGUAUAUGCAACUGUGACAUAAGGACAGCUUUUCAAACAUCUUACCUCUCAUAAAUCAAUUUUAUCAUAUCAGUGGGUGUAAAUAACAAGGGACCAGGAAAUGAUUACUCAUUGAAUAUUAAAAAGUAAAUGUUUCUGCUGUUUUGUUUUUUUAACCCUUAGAAAUGGUUAUCCACAAAGUCAUAAAAUGUAGAUUGAAUAAACAAAAUUCUGUUUAAAAGUAUGGGAUCAGUAAGAUUUUUUUGAUAUGUUUAAGCUGUAAAACUGUGAAAAAAAAAUACAAUUUAAAAUAACAGUAAAAUUCUAUUUUAAUGUUAUUUAUUUCUGUAAUGGCAAAACUAUAUUUUUUGCAGCGAUCACCCGUGUUCAGUGUCGUGUGAUUGUUCGAAAAUCUGAAACACUAUAUUGCUUAAAGUUUUUAUAGAAAGUAGUUAAUUUUUCACAGGAGUCUUUAAUUAAAAGUUAUAAACAAUGAUUUGAAAUUGAAAGAACAAAAGUCCUUACUGUUAUUUUUGAUCAAUUUAAUUCAUGCUUGCUUAAAUAUUAAUAAAAAAACCUUACUGACCUCAAAUCUGUGAAUAGUACUGUACUCAUUAUUACUUAAUGGGUACUGGUUGAGAUUUCAGUUUUUACUAGUCAGUAUUUCAUAUUUAAUCAGUAAAUAUUAAAAACUUAAUUAUGCAUACUCAUUAACCAUUUUUGUUUUGAUAAUGUCCUAGUAAAUUUCAUCUUUACAAUGUUUUUAAAUGGUUAGUUGUUCGUAAUGUAUGAUCUUUAGCAUAUCUUACAAUGAAUAUCCAUUUACUUCAAUACUAUUACAGCGUAUACUCUUGAUAAACUCAUGGGCAAGUUCAAAUAGUUUGACACAGAAAUCAGACAAAGGCAUCAUGGGACACUCAAUACUUUACUGGAAUGUUGGAGGGACAGCAUGUGCAAAAUGAACAAAUGUAACUCGCUUCAAUAGCUACUGUACAACACUAACAAAAAUAAAACACCUCCACAUUCUCAA